AUGGAUACAUCUACACAACCUCAGAUCAGUUUACAAGGCCAAGGACCUAGUGGCGGAGUGGUCAACCGUCGCAGGCAGCCUUCGUGCCUUCGUGCCUUCGUGUUUAUGGACUGCAAGCUAUGCCUCUAUCCCAGCAAGCUGAGGUUCAAGCAUGACUCUGGCUUCUCAGGGACACAAUCAGCAACAUUUUGUGUGGCUGCAUCAAUCACUUUGAUGCUUGAACUGGUUACUGUCAUGCGUACCUAA